AUGGUCGGCCAAUUCAAGGCAUUGGAUUACUUUGAGGACGGCUCAUUCUACCUCCUCGAUAGUCCCGGUCACGCAGUUGGUCACUUAUGCGGUCUUGCCCGCACAACCACAAGCCCGGAUACAUUCGUCCUUCUCGGUGGCGACGUGUGUCACUUUGCAGGGAUAUUUCGUCCGUCGGUUCAUCUUCCAAUACCGGCAUCCAUUGUACCACAUCCCGUGCUGGGCGGUGAUAGCGUUGGGCUUUGUCCAGGAAGUGCAUGGGAAGAACUACAGUUGUCUCGCGGCCGAGAUCUCACUCAGUCGCUGUAUGAUCCAACGUUCGGACAUGAUAUUCCGUUGGCGAAACGGACGAUUGGGAAGUUGCAGGAGGCAGAUGCCAAUGAGAAUAUCUUCGUUAUCAUUGCGCACGACGCACAAGUUAGAGAUGGAGUGCCGCAUUUCCCGGCUAGCUUGAAGGGAUGGAAAGAGCAUGGAUGGGGAAAGAACCUGAAAUGGGCGUUUCUCACAGUUUUGGAGCAUUAUUGGAGGGAAAAGGGGGUAGUUUAA